UGCCAAUCGGUGAAAUAAGCAAAUAUGGCAGAGGAAAAAGUGGACUGUUUUUGCAGCAGCCGAGUGUAAAUUAUCGGAAAAGUUGUAGUAACAAUGUACAAAUCUGCAGUUAAAUAGUGGAAAUACGAUGUGAAUCGCAUGCACUGAGUGCAGAAGCCAAAUGUAGCCUGUAAUAAACACUAGGAAUGUUGAAAAAAAGUUUUUCUUAUGAGCGGGCGCCAAGCGUCCCAAAAUAGUGUAGAUCACUGACAAAAGGCGAUAUUUUCCAGUGUUAAACUAUCGAAAAAGUGCAUUCUCGAAUGAAAUAAAUAGUGUGGAUAGAAUUUGGAUAAAAUAAAGUGUGAAAAACAGUAAACAAAAAAGUAUCUUCGCAAAAGCACCAGUCCUCGCAGAAGGUGGGGAAAAAGCUCCAUCAUGUUUUACGCCCACAUUGUGCUGGCCAAAAAGGGUCCGCUGGCCCGUAUUUGGCUGGCGGCCCAUUGGGACAAAAAAAUUACCAAAGCGCACGUCUUCGAAACCAACAUCGAACAGUCCGUGGAUGGUAUCAUGCAACCAAAAGUAAAGCUGGCACUACGAACAUCCGGCCAUUUACUGCUCGGCGUUGUCCGUAUCUACGCCCGAAAGGCCAAAUAUCUUCUGGCGGAUUGUAAUGAAGCCUUUGUCAAGAUUAAGAUGGCUUUCCGGCCUGGAAUGGUUGACUUGCCGGAAGAGCACCGGGAAGCGGCCGUCAAUGCGAUUACGCUGCCGGAAGUGUUUCAUGAUUUCGACACACCGCUUCCCGAGCUGAAUGAUGUAGACAUUGAGGCUCACUUUUCUAUCAACCAAUCGCGUGCCGACGAGAUAACGAUGCGCGAGGAUUACGGCACAUUACCGAUGAACAUUCACGACGAUGGCUUCGGCGAUAUGGGAUUCGACGACACACCGGACAUUGUCCGUGAAAGAAUUGAAGAGCCGAUGGAGGGACUGAGAGACGCACAGGACGCGUCGGCGGAGGAAGCGGAUGCGACGAUGAUAGGAGGCGAAAGCAUGUCAGGGACAGACGCAGCAGCAGUGGACGGUUCCGGCAAGGAUAAAGUUGACAAGAAGGGCCUUCGAGCCCGCGCCAAAAGUCUGUACGAAGAGCUCAGCGAGCAACCACCGCAGGAUACCCGAUGGAACGAGUAUCUUGAUGACCUCUUCACGGAUCCAGUCGCCCCGCCUCCUGAUCUGGAACUGGAAAAAGAACCACUACCGGGCACCUCCCGCUCCUUGCUGGAUUCAUUCGAUCCGCACCAUCCGCACGUUGUAGAUAACGACGGCUUUGGUGACGAGGGUUUUGGUGCCGAGCCAGCAGCGGGACUGUUCGAAGGAGACAUAUUUGGUGAUGCUCAGCUGGCACCGGAACCGGAAUUACCGGCUGAAACCACGCAGGUUCAGCAGCGAGGAGAAGCGAACGAAAGCGAUGACGACGAUGAUGAUCACUUCGAUGCGGGCGGUGCUCCAUCACCGGCAGCGAGCUCAGAUGGUUCACGACCUCCGUCGCCGAUAAUGACGCAACAGUUGUUGGAUGAUCUAGAGAAACCGGGAACCAGUCAGAGUCAAGCUCCGCCAAAGGCUCCGAUAUAUCACGAUGCAGCGCUGGAGGCUCCGCCUACACCUACAUCCGAUCCACAUCAUGAAGAAGCAGAAAGAAGGAUGGAUGCCGAACCCGAACGUUCCGGCGAGUUGAUGGCCAUGGACGAAGAGGGCGAUCAUGCAGAACAAACGACUCUGUUGCAAAAUGAGGAGGAAAGUUUUGCACUUGCACCAGUGGACGCUUCUGCUUUGAAAGGUGUGACGAAGAGCAAGCGAAAGCGAAAACUGAUCGUAGAUGAAGUGAAAAAUAUCAGUGGGGAAGAGAUGAAAAGUCAGCUGGCAAAUACUUCGGAUAUAGUAACUACACUGGAUCUGGCCCCUCCAACCAAACGGUUGAUGUACUGGAAGGAAACCGGUGGUGUGGAGAAAUUGUUUGCACUUCCGUCACGAGACAUUCCAGCGCGAUGUCUGUUCAAAAAUUACCAGCGUCAUUUGACCUCACGAUCGAUCGGCAUCGAGGACUUCGCUGCUCUGGGUCCUUUGGAUGUGUUGGGUGUCGAGCAGCAACAACCGGAGCGACCGGAAUCACCAAUAAAUCUACGACGCGGCAGGAAGCGAAAGCAGUUAGAACUACUGCCGCCGGAGACGCCUGCCACACCCAUGAUGCCAAUGACACCUGCUACUCCAGCCCAUCUGGAUCAAACAUCUGUCGAUCAGAUCCGAGAGGCAAUUGACAUGCCACCGCCGACGCCCGUCUCAAUGGAGCUUCGUGACCAGGAUAUUUGCCCCGAUAUCAGCCAACACUACCCCCUGGAUGGAAGUAUGAUGCCACCUCCGGCUACCCCUGGUCUCAGCCAUUUGGGCAGUCCAAACAUGGGCAUGCACACUCCGCAAAUGAUGCCACCUACACCAGGAAUGCCGAGUAUACCGAUGACCCCAGGAGGGUUGGAUCACGGCGGUUUAACGCUGGCGGGAUUACCCCACGGAGGUUUAACACCCAGCGAUUUGCAACAUGGUGGAAUGACCCCCGUUGGUUUGCAACACGGAGGAUUGACCCCUGCCGGAUUGCAACACGGUGGAUUGACCCCUGCCGGACUGCAACACGGUGGAUUGACCCCUGCCGGACUGCAACACGGUGGAAUGACUCCCGUCGGUCUCCAACACGGUGGUAUGACCCCUGCCGGUCUGCAACAUGGUGGAAUGACCCCUGCUGGAUUGCAGCACGGUGAUUCUGGUCACGUUAUGCCUGAUCUGCCGGGAGCGAUGACUCCCCAUGGGUUGGAUCAUGGUGGAAUGACACCACAUCACGCCAGUUUGGAGAGCAUCGAUCAGAUUCCAAAUCUCCCGGCCGAUCAGGUUUCAUCGAUUCUAAACGAACCGGGAAUGGAAAAUUUCUCCAACAUGGGUUACGAUACCCAUGCGCAGUCACCUGCGCGAGGAGUUCUCGCCGACGAUGUGCCGAACGAGUGGAAUCAGGACUACGAGUUCCCGCAGUCGGUCGGAGCGCAACAAGUCAGCGAAGAACAGCAGGUCGACGAAACGAUCGAGCAGUUCGAAGAGCGCGUUUUGAACAAGCGUGCUGCACAGCUAUUUCUGUCGGUUCGAUCACGCCUGCUCAAGAGUGACAAUAUGGUCCUGUCGGAUAUGACACAUCGUAACAACAAGAAACAGGCUGCGCAAAAGUUCUACUCUCUGCUGGUGUUGAAAAAGUUCAAAGCCCUCGAGAUCGCACAACCUAAACCGUACGAUGAUAUCCUAAUCAGCCGGGGUCCAAUGUUUGAUAAUCCGAAGCUGUAAGCUGCUGUACGCACGCUUCCGCUUGAUAGACUUAAGCCUAAAAUGAUGAACUAAAAGCAGCAUUGAAAACAAUUUGUUAGUAAAUUAAGAAGAAUGAUGAACGUGCAUAUUUUAUUAUACUAGGCUCUUAAGUUGAAAAUGAAGGAUGUAAAUAACCUUAAUUUACUCUUUAAUCUUAUAGGAAGUAAACUUCGAAAUUUCUUAUCAGCAGGCUGGAUCAUUUCCGACUUACGAAAUUUUGCAGCUUGUUGAGAGCUUUGCUUCGAUUGUUAUUGUUUUGUACGGUGAUGAUUCGAGAAAAUAUGCAUAUUUAUUAUCCCUCCCUGCUCUGAUAGCACAAUGUGCUGUUUCAUCGUGAUGAGGGUUUUUCGUAUAUUCUUCCUUGUUCACUAUUAUAAUAGGUGAUAAGCGGAUAGAGCUAAGUUGUAAAGAGAUGAUUAUGCUGAAACUGAUUUUGUUCGUGUAAAUAUAUAUAUUUGUCUAGUGGAUAAGACAAAAAUCUGCACCAUAGAAACCAAUAAGACUACUGGUAGCAAAAGUACUAACAAAAAUCUAGACGAUAAGGGAGAAAGAGAGUUGCAAAAUUAAACAAAACUUGUCUGAGAA